CAGAAACAGUUCUACAUUUGAAACUGUCAAAUCAGAUAGAAUUAGAAUACCAACCAAUUAGAAUUUUGUGUGCCUCUUAUGAUGAGUGUUUGUGAAUACUGCAAAUUUACAUAUUGAUACAUUAAGGAUUGGUCUAGUUAUUAUUUCGUAUCAAUCAUGAAUGGUGUCAUGGAUAGCCACCCUGAGGCCUCAGAAGUAGCACAUGACUACAAAGAAGCUCUGGCUGACCUGAACAGCUCCAAGCCUCAAAUAACAUUCUUGACAAUGCUGGCUGAUGAGAACAAGGAACAUGCAGCUGUAAUUGUCUCUGCCAUUCAAGAAUAUGCUCAUUCGUGUCCCCAGGUGCAGAAGUUGCCUUGCUUAUACCUGGUGGACUCUAUCAUCAAAAAUGUUAAAGAAGACUACAUCAAACUCUUCCAGCUGAAAGUGCAUCAUCUUUUUGCUCACAUUUUUGAAAAAGUGGAUGAAAGAACUCGUCGCAAGAUGUAUGAACUGCGCCAGACUUGGAAUGAUAUAUUCCGCAAGUCUACUCUCUAUGGAUUAGAUGUGAAGGUCCAGGCCCUGGACCCGGCAUGGCCAGUCACUGCUCCCACUCCUUCAGCUUCAGUCCCUAGUCAAUCUUCUCGUGCUAAACCAAGCACUAUUUUUGUGAACCCUACCCUUCUUAAGAGCCGGGGCUUGUCUGCCUCAGGAGCUGAGGUUGGUGCGCUCCCAAAGGAGCUGGACAUGGAAUUGAAGAAAAAGCUUGCCCUGGAAAAAAAACAGGCUAUGGCAACUGUAGAGAAGCCUGCUGAGAAGCAGAGCUCUGGCAUCAGCAGCAGCAGCAGCAGCAGCUUAUCUAAGCCAACUGCCUGGCCAAGUGAAGCUUCUGAAGCGUUUCCUCCUGCUGUUCCUGAUACGGCUAAAGCUUCUGUUCGUAUAGACCGGAAGCCCACUGGCAGCAGCAGCAGUAGCGGUAGUAGCUCCCGCAGUACGGACAAAAGCUCCAGCCGUGAGCAUUGGCUCAAAAGUUACAAAAUUAAAAAGAAAUCAACCGACUCCGAUGCAUCUAGCUCCUCACAAAAGCCUUCUUCUAGCUCCCAAAAGCCGAGCCAGUCUCCCCUAGCGACUCUCCCUGAGCCUCGGCGCCCCCCGCAAGCCACACCGCCAGUCAAGCCUCAGCGAGUCCCCACCCCGACCUUAGCUCCCCACGCCUCACCCGCAACUACCGCCGAGAAACAUGCUCCAUCUCGCGACCCCCGAGCCCAAUCUCAUGACCCCAGAGCCUCAUCUCAAGACCCUCGAGCCUCAUCUCAAGACAGUCGAGCCUCAUCUCAAGUCCCUCGAGCCUCAUCUCAAGACUCUCGAGCCUCAUCUCAAGAUUCUCGAGCCUCAUCUCAAGACCCUCGAGCCUCUCCCCACGCCUCACCCGCAACUACCGCCGAGAAACAUGCUCCAUCUCGCGACCCCCGAGCCCAAUCUCAUGACCCUCGAGCCUCAUCUCAAGACCCUCGAGCCUCAUCUCAAGACCCUCGAGCCUCAUCACAUUGCGCUAUUCCUGCAGCCACCAGCAGUCGAGACCCUCGUUUGGGGACUGCCCGGCCUGUGGAGCGUCCCUCUAGCAUGCACGCCAUUCAUCCGCUCAAGUCGGCGACUGCCAGAUCUUCUAAUUCAUCCAGAGACCCUCGCGUUGUAGGCAAAAGCCGCAAUAUUUCCUCGCGGUCUCUCUCUAAAGAAAUUGCUGAAGAAGCUAAUCAGCUUUUCAAACCUGAUGUCCUCACUAAGGUUCCCACGAAAAUAAAAAUCGAUCUGAAAGUUUUUGAUGCUAGUAAAAGUAAGCCUCAGGUGCCGGUGACUUCGAACAGAGACCCUCGAAUAAUGUCCCGGGAUCCUCGUCUAGCACCCAAAGACGAGAUCAAGCCGUCGGAGGUCGCUACCCUUCCACCCAGUAGCUCUGUUCCAGCGUCGUCUAGCACUUCAGAGGCGCCAUCUAAAAAAGAGCCCAGUGCUUCUGCUACUAAGGAUACUUCAAAAAUGCGGGAUAAGUCAAAUGACCGUAGGGAAGAAAUUCAGCGUGAGCUGAAGAAAGUUGACAGGAAAGAAAAACAACGUGUUGAAAACCGCUCUUCUUCUCCUCGUUCAUCUAAUAAAGUGGAACGAAGUCAGUCUCCGACGAAGCACCGUGAAUCAAGUGCGCACAGAAGUAAAGAUGGACGAUCUAGUUCCAAGUCCAGUACCCACGAACAAAAGAAACGAGACUCCCCUAAUGUAGGAUCAUUGAUUAAAUCAAACUCAUUUGUUGAUACCAAUGACUCCAAAACAGGACCUCCUAAGGACUCUCAAAAAACUUCUGCAUUGAAAACAUCCAGUACACACGUCACGCCGGCCGAGGCGUCGAAUGUCUCUGUUCAGUCCGACGCAGGGUCCUCCAAGUCAGAGGACCUCAAGGCAAGUAUCACCACCACCACCACCUCUGGUCCGGGACCAAAUGAGGAGUCUAAACCAGCGUUGUCCACUGAUAAUAAAGCAAUUCCUGAUGAACCAUCUACCACCUCAAGCGCUAAAGACUCUUUCCGCAACGUUGACCGUUCCUUGUCGCGUCACCGGCAGCAUCUCAGGAAACGCGCUACUCCCAGUCCCGAACCCAUGGAAAUCUCUCCACCUCCUGAAAUUUUUUCAAAAGAAAACCAAGAGAAAAAGAAGGAAAAUCCUGAAGAUGGGACUGACUCUGACGAGAGUGACCACUAUGAAGCCAACAAACCAAACCCGCUGAUUUACAUGGAUAAAAAAGGUGACGUCGACUUGAGGCUGAUGGGCGCGUGUGCUCCUGGUAAAAGCUUGCCUCCCGCUGACACGUCAGCGGCUGGCCCUGAACCCGACGACGAUUUGUUCGGCUCAACGGACGUGGACUUGCGGACGCAGGUGCUGCCCGCGGCCUUCCAAGAGGGCGCCGCAGUCACUGCUGGUGGGCUGUCCGUCGCCAGGGAGGACCAGGACCUUCGUAAGCCAGGGCCUGCCGUCGUAAAGCCGGAUCUACCAGUAAACGAUGUUACAAAAGAAGCUCCUGAUGACCCAGAAAUUCUCAUCGUGGAGCACAAGACACAUCCUUCAAACUGGGCCAAGUUCAGAGAAAAGAACCCAGAAUUCAAGCAAUUCCAGCGCUCGUGCAGCACUCCUUCUCUCCCUGACACAAGUGUUCCAGCCAUGCAGCACAGCCUCUCCAGAGCGCGCGCGAUCAAGAAAAGUCUUUUUGGAGAUGACGACGGACAACUUCUCUCCAACGAGGCCAUGCUGGCUGAUUCAGCCGGACUCAAGGUGAUCAUCACCCAAGCAGAAGAGCAGCUACGCCUGGGCCAGAUCAGCAUCGCUGCGUACAACAACACGCUGCAGCAGGUGCUUGCUGUCUAUGAGAGGGACAAGAUGCGGCGCGCUCAGGCCCGAGACAGGAGCUGCAGCCCUGCCCCCAUCAGAGACCAUCAAGCCGUGUCCCCUCACAUCAGAUCACCUGCAGAGAAAUCGAAUCUCCUGCCACCCCCACCUCUGCCUCCUCAACUGCGGGGACCUCUUGACAAGGGAAGAAGUCCUUUGCCUCCGCCUCCCAGACCUGACUUAGAUCGUGGAAGUUAUCACCGCGACUUACCCCCGGUUGAUGGCAGCUUCAGGCCUGACUAUUAUGCCCACGAUGAAUGGACUGGAGAGCCGGACUUGCCUGUUGUGCCUGAAGAAGUUUUACGGCAGGUUACCAGAGAGUCGGAAACUCGCAAGAUUGAUAUUGACGGAUAUUCUCGCGAUAUCCGCACGUACGGCGAGACCGCCAUCCUCCUCAUGGAUGCCUUCGACCCGAGGACCGUCGCGUUUGAGGAGGGCCACUGCAACAUCGUAUUCGAUGGCGGCGAAUUCGUCAUUCCCAUGAAUACUAAUGACGAUUAUAAAGAAUUUACAAUUGAGGGUGAGACUCAUCGCGUCAAAUUGGGCGUACCGACGGCAGAACUUUUCCUCGACGGCCGAGGUUAUCAGUGCUUCUUUGGAGGCAAACCCAUUACCAUCCACCUUGCUGGCCGCGUCCGCACUAUCCGCUUGGAUGGCAGACCUCCCAGCGUUACAAUUGGGAAAGAAACCAAUCGAGAUUUCCUUCUUGGCAAAAUCUCGCUUGUGGUUAAUGCUAACACGAAACGCAUGAUGCCUGUGUACUUGGACGCAAAGCCUCAACGAAUCACUAUUGACGGAAAAAUUCACGUGUUGAAGUUUGUAAAUAAAUUUUUAACCGUCAAUAUCAACACAGUGAAUUUCCCCGUCUCUUAUGGCGGGCUACCCACAAGUGUUAGUGUGCGCCAGAUUCGCAAGUACCUGAGCUUCUCUGCCUUGCCUCCCGAUAUCAUACCUGGCGAGACAACCGUCAUCGGUAUGGACUGUGACGUGCUCAUUCCCAAUUACCCUGCCCUCACGCGGUCACUUUAUCAAACGACAGGUCGUCUCGCAAAUAAGUACAACAAAGGUGCUUUACAACCACCACCAACACCUCCAUCAAGCCUUGCUGCAUUCUCUAAACUUCCCUCGACUCCUCAACCUCCAUUCCCCGUCGCACCUGAAGUCCCCGUGACUAAAACCUCCAUACCUAUGUCAGCACCCCCACCAUUCCCCACGCUUUCGCCGAGCCCCAAAGGAGCUGCGACUGAAGCAAAAACAUCCGCAGUCGUCCCUGGCGCUUACAUCACCAACGAAGGACCUUCCCAAUCGCCGCCUCCGCGUUCAGUCACCCCUAGAGCCGUGACACCCUCGCCAGCACCCUCUUCAGGCUUGCCUUCUCUAGAUGUGUCUUCUCUGCUGCAGACGCUCAUCAAAGUCGGUAUCAUCGGUAAGCCCAACGCCACUGAACCUCCUAAAGACGCUUCAUCCGACGCAAAAGAAAGCUCCGUCACUAGUGUGAGCAAGGCCACCCAAGACAGCUCCGUUACUGAAGUUAGCUCUGCUAAGGAAACUAGUAUAACUCCAAGCAUUCAAGUAAAGAAGAUGGAAGACCUUAAGGCCAAGCCAAAGAAACCUGUUGCCAUCGAUGUUAACGAUGAAGAUUGGCUGGAGCCUGAAGAAGGAGCAGAGCCAAAACCUAGUAGUGUCGCUAAGAUGGAUUCCCUGUUCAAAUCACAACAAUUAAGAAGGCGCAGCAGCCCCCUAGUGGCAUAUUUGUACCGUGGCAUGCAAUGUUCGUCAUGCGGCAUGCGGUACCCCGCUGAGCAGACGGUGCAUUAUUCGCAGCAUCUAGACUGGCACUUCAGGCAAAACAAGCGUGAGCAAGAGAGCACCAAGAAGGCCAAUACCAGGAAAAUGUACAUUCCACUGGACGACUGGAUGCAAUAUGAGGAAAUCGAAGACGUCGAUGAAAGAGUGCCUAGUAUGUUCGAGAAUGAGAGUGGCGCUGGUGGUGCAGGAUUGCUACGCGACACUUCGAGGGACGAGGACGAGGAAACUGAAGCCAGUGUGCCAGUGGACAGUGAAGAGCCUGGUCUGGGUGUGUGCCCUGUGUGCCGCGACACCUUCAGUCAGUUCUUCCAGCACCACACGGACGAGUGGCACUACAGGAACGCCGUCGCCAGGGACGGUGCCAACUACCAUCCCAGCUGCUAUCAGGACCUCGUCAAGGAUACGCAAAAAGAGAGGGAAGAAAAUGCAAAAAGGGCGAAGGAAGAGGCCGAGGAAAAGGAAAGACUUGAAGCCCAACAAAAGCAAGAGAACGAGAUGAAGGACGUUAAAGACGACGAUAAGGAGGUUGUUGUGCCGGCAGAUGUUUCAGCUCAAGAAGAAGUUUCUUCUAACUCUGAACCUGUUACUACUACUGCUGCUGCUGCUGCUGCUGCUGCUGACCUGAUUGGCACCUCGGCUGGCUCAGGAGAUGGAAUAGUUUCUGCUGCAGUCGCUGCGUCAUCGGCUGCACCUGAGGCUGAUCCUGCAAAAACUGACUUGGAUCCGACAAAGACUGUCACUGAUCCUGCUGCGAAUGUUCCUGCUCCUGUAUCACUUAGCACUGAUCCUACAGUGGCUGCUCCUGAUCUCCCAGCACCUAAGGAUCCUGCAGAGCCUGCCAUUGAUUCGCCUGUCCCUGAUCCUGCAAUGCCUCCUACCGACUCCACGACGUCUCCUGCUGAUUGUGUCGCCGCCAGCACCCCGGCAUCAGCUGACGCGGUAGCGGCGCCUGCCACUCCUGCAGACGCUGAGGGCGACUCAUUGCAAUCUGCAAAUUCUUCGGCACAGCCAAAGAAGAAGAAGAAGAAAAAGAAGAAGAAGCCUGUUGUUCAAAUGCACGUGCCGGCCGUCCGCAUCAAAGAAGAACCGUUGGACGCCAUAGAAAUCACGCAGUCGGGAUCUUUUGUGGACGGUGUCUUCGUGAAGCAAGAGAAGCCCGACGAGCCUGAGAUCGAGGAGCAUCCUCUGGAUGAAGGAAUCGAGGUGAUGGACCAGAGUGCGGCAGAGGACGAGGCGAGCAUGAUCCUCGACACUACAGGGGACAUGUCAGCGUCCCGUAGCACACUUCUCACGUCCACCAUAGACGGCAACGUCGAAGAGAACGAAGCUCCUGACACCAACCCUGCGACGGCGCCCCUACCUCGCAUCAGGCUCAGUGGCGCCCUGGGAGGGCUGCUUGCCAAGGCCACCAACAAAGACAUCCCUGCCGACUCUGCUGAAAAAUCCGCUAUCACCGUCAUAGGGGAUGACAGCAAUCUUGCCACUGAUGGCACAUCUUCCCCUACUUCCCAAGAGAAAACGAAUGACGGAAAAGAUAGCAGCACAAAUGCAAAUGAGAACGGCGUUGCGGAGGAUGAAGGUGUUGAAGGCGUCGAUUCAGAUGAUGACAUCAUCGAGUGGGACGAAUUUAUCCCGCCGCCCUUCACGCCGGACCUGAAGUUGCAUCCGCGCUUCGAAAACGCGCAGCUUGACGACCAGGGCAUCAGACGCGCUGGGCUUGAAAUGUCAGGUCUUUGUUCUGUUAUGUGAAGACUGUGAGAUGAAGAGCCUCGAAAGCUGCGAUUCAGUGUACAAAUUAUUCGAGUACAUCGUUGUAACUGUAGUCCUCGGAGAAUCGGUUGAAAUAAUCGAUUUUAGCUUAUCAUUAAAGCUUUUGGUUUGGUGUAAUAUUGAAAUAAUUGUAAUAAUGUUGUAAAAUAUAGGCGAGUAUAUAAACAUUCAUCUACUACUCCGAACCAUUUGAGCAUCUUUCUUCUUUACCGCUGAUCUUAAUCAUCCAGUAAUUUAACUUGAUGAUCUUACUUUGUCUAAACAAAUUGGUGUUUCUUCAUUUUUGACUAAUUUCAUUUAUCAAAGUAGAAGUAACACCAGAAUUAAUUUCAGUAUUAUAGCGUGGGAAGAUGUUGCCUAAUUUUAAUUCUAGAAGUUGUGACCGGCCACCAGCUUAUUUUAUUGUUAUUUUACAUCUGCGACAUUUGCUCACAACUAAAGACAUAUUUUCUUACGUUGGUUCGUUUCAUUGCCCUACUGCACUUGAUUUAGAAGCAAGUUGGCCCUCAAGCGGCGGACUGCUACCAGAAACCAGACCUCCAUUGUUUUGUUUCACCAUCAGAAGUCGCUCUGAAAAACCAGCAAUCAUUCCUGUUCCUAAUAUGUACAUAUUUUCCUGUAUUGAGUGAUCAAUAAAGUACUCGCCUUC